AUUACAUUGUUCCAUGCGAGACGAUGGCCACUGUUAGAGAACGGUUGAAUCUCUGCCACUCGCGAUCUCCUCUGUUUACAAUCUCCUCCGGCGAUGAUCCUCGAUCUCCAACGAUGACCUCCUCCGGCGAUGUCUCCUCACGCGACAGUCUCCUCACACGACUUCUCCUCCAGCAACGGUUUCCUCACACGAUGUCUCCUCCUGCGACAUCUCCUCCAGCGCCGGUCUCCUCUUAUGACGUCUCCUCCAGUGACGUCUCCUCUUGUCUUCUCUGGCGACGUCUCCUCUAGUGACAAUUUCCUCCGACGAUGUUUUCCUACGCGGCGAUCUCUUCCAUCAAGCUACCGUGCUGCGAAUUUCUCCUCCAGCGGUAGACUGGCGAGGUAGGUUCUUCUCCCUUUUUUCCUUUGUUCUCUUGAAAAUAUUUCAUUCUAAUCGAUUGUCUUAGGGUUUCAUAUGCAUGUGAAUGGCAAUUAGAUUGUUGUUUCUACCAUUGAUCUGAUAAGCAAUAAGUAAAUCAUUUGGCUCUUUGCGAUGAUUCCAAGCUUUUGCCCUUGUGCUCCAAGCUCAUAUCUCUCUGCAUCUCCUCACUCUCCUCAAACUCUGUGCUGUUCGCAACAAGGACUUCCGUCUAGAUAAUAUGUCCUCAUAAGAAAAGUUGAAAAUUGAACUUGCAAAGGUUAGAGAUGAGUUCAAAAUGUCAGAGUCAGAUUGUGGAUCGGCUCGAGUUCAAGUUGCACAACUCACAACUAAGAUUUAGCAUCUAUUAGCUGUUGUACACAAGAAGGAUGUGCAUUCUCGUAAAGGCUUGAUAGCAAUGGUUCAGAGGAGAAAAUGAUUAUUGAAAUACCUUAGCAAUGGUUCUUUGGCUUCAAUUUGUGGAUUCAAUCUGGUUCUCUAGCUGCUGCGAAGCUAUUGUUGCUGCCUCUAACUAAGCUUGAAAAAAGAGGCUGCAAGUACGUUUGUUCUACUGUUAACAAGGGUGAGGAGCAAAAGAAAUUGAACGUGCUUUCUAAUGAGGUGUUUGUUAACGCCUUAAUCAGUAGCGGGCAUGCUGUAAGUCUCUCUAUCUCUGUAACUGUCAAAUGCUCCAAGUCUAAUCUACCUAUUACAUAUAAAUUACUGCAAUUUGUUUUCUUUUCAAUGCCUUCUUGUUUCAGAAGAGCUUGAAGAUGCUGUUUUUGUGAAGCCAAAACAGUAGGAAAAUAAGUUAUCCAAUCUUAAACUAAUGGGAACAUUGCCUUAUGGAUUACAACCCUUGACAUCUUUGACCAACCCAGACCUGAGUAGCAACAAUCUUGGAGGUGGCAUACCAUACCAGCUUCCUCCAAAUAUGCAGCGCUUGAAUCUGGCUUAUAAUAACUUCACUGGGGCAAUCCCUUACUCUGUUUCUGAUAUGACCUCUCUUACAGACCUGAAUCUUGCUCACAAUCAGUUCCAGCAAGGAUUGAACGUUAACUUCAUGAAGCUUUCUGCCCUCUCUUCAUUGGAUCUCUCCUUCAAUUUAUUGACAAGUGACCUUCUGCAGACUUUGAGCUCACUUUUAGGCAUUACCAGCAUGUAUCUGCAGAACAACCAGUUUACAGGCACUAUUGAUGUCCUUGCUAAUCUGCCUCAUUAUGAUAUCAUUGGUUUGUAAGAGAUGAGUUUGGAUAAUAAAGUUGGAGUGUUGGAGCAAGAAACAAAGAUGUCGAAGCAAGUCCUCGGGAUGAAACUCACACAAGAGACCAAGAAACUAAGGCAUGCUUGUUUUAAAGUUAAUUACAAAAGGAGGAAACUUUUGGCCUCUAAAUUUUAUUCAUCAUCACUUAUCUAAGCUAAUUGUCUUGUAUGUUCAUAUUCUAAGUAGUAAAAAUAGCACUUAUUAGAUGGUUUAAAUACAUUAUUAGAUAUUAACAUAGUUUAGGGAACUCGAUGGUAGAUUUGACUGAUUAGUGUUUAUUGCAAUGCUUGUAUUUUGGUAAGUUUAGUAAGACAA